AUGGACGCGGAACGGCAAAUCAUUGCAAUAAACUGUGUCCCCUCCUCUCAUCAACAGGGCUCGCCUCUCCCCUAUGCCUGCAGCAAUACCAGCAACAAUAGCACCAGCAAUCCUAGCUACUAUUCACCCAAUGCUACUGACGUUAACGAUUCCCAGGAUCUCCAUGUCACUUCCACGCCAUGCAACACUUCUAUGCAGGAUUUGAGCGGCCUCCCCGCUAUGAACAACCUUCUUGUUCCACGUGUAAACCAAUCUCUUGAUGUGCAGAAGCGUAUGAUCAAAGAACACCCUUUGUACCCACUUCUUGCGGUCCUUUUUCGGCAAUGUGAGACUGGAACUGUUCGACCGUGUUCUCCACCGGCUCUGGAUCUGUUCAACGAGGAACUACGUGUAUUCAUUGAUCGUACUACUACAUCACUGAUAGCUAGCCAAUCACAGCAGAGGUCACAAUCACCACAUCCAUCGCCCUCUGCUUUUCCUCUUACCCAUCUUCCAACGACUUCCUCCGAGGUUGGAGACGAGCCCAAAGACAGGAAUGAAGAGAGUAAUGGUGAUGUUCCCCUAAACGUAUUUAUGGCGGAUCCAGAGUUGAAUGAAUUAAUAUUCUUGGCUGUGAAGGUACUUCGAAUUCAUCUACAAGAGUUGCACAAAGUGAAUGAGCUCUCAAAGGACUUUUGCUCGCGUUACAUCACCAGUUUAAAGACGAAAUUUCAAUCAGACCUCCUACAAUUUCAAGAUUCAGAGCCUUCAUCACCAGCGGGUUCAGAAGACACAUCACCUUUUACAACUACCUCCUAUCCGACACGGUUUUCAUCUGGUCCUGGUGAAUACUCCAGAUAUAACUUGGGUGGAAUACUAGCGUACAAUGGAGCAAACGACAGUGGAGGAAGAGGAGGCGGUGGUAAUGGCGGUGAUGAAGGCGAUACCUAUACUCCUGGGCCUCCAUUUGCGGAUACAGUUUGUUCCGAGAGCUCCGAAACCGGAGCUUACACCACGAACUACAUAAACGACCUUAAAAUGAACGGUUCAGCAGGCUUCGUCCCUCCAGGAGGAGGUGGAGGUGGUACCUACUUUCCCAAUCGAGUGAUCGGUCCUCUCAAUGGUCAAGAUGUUGGAGCUAACGCCUUGCGAACCAAACGUGGUGUUCUACCGAAACGAGCCACUCAAGUCAUGAAACAAUGGCUCUUUCAACAUCUUGUGCAUCCCUAUCCAACGGAGGAUGAGAAACGACAAAUUGCAAGCCAAACAAAUUUGACAUUACUCCAGGUUAACAAUUGGUUCAUUAAUGCUCGUCGCCGGAUCUUACAACCCAUGUUGGAGACAACGGGUCCCUACACCUCGGUUGGUCGUUCCGCCUCAGGUGAUGGUGUGGCUGGUUGGGGUACCCAUAAAGGCAAAAACGGUGAUCAACCGCUGGUGAAUAAGAAGAAGAAGGCUGCAACAACCAGGCCAUCAAACAACCGUUUUUGGCCGGCCAGUUUAGCGGCUGCAGCAGCAUUACUACCAAACGCUGCUGGCGUUAUCUCCGGUGCCACGUUAAAUCGAAACUCAGAGACGACCUUAGUUUGGACCAAAUCACACAGCACUCCAUCCAACUCACUCUCUGGAGCUGUACGAACUGGAGCUUUGCAUGAGACCAGUCCUAGUGGUAGUGGUGGUGAGGGUGAUUCUAGUCCAUCUUCCCUGAAAUCUCGUCCACGAAAAUUAUCUUUGGUGGAACCCAAAGAUAUGCGGCAUGAUGGAGUGUAUGCCGAUUUUGCAGUUGGACGAUUUCCUCCCUAUGUCUACCAUCCAGAGGGUGGAGUAACGUCGACUAUGAAGCCUGAGGCAUCGUACGACUCAAGAGCCUUGAGCACAGCUAGCACCUACCAAUCCUUUCUUCAACACGCCUUCCUACAACAUCAACACCAUCCACCGAAUUCGGACAUAAAACCAUCACAUUCACUACCACCGCCACCGCAGAAUUAUACCAAUUGGUCACACUUUUUGGAGGAUAGACAUACAGCCCAGCAUCCGGAUUAUGGCGUAUCAGGGUCUCCUAGUACAGCUGUUCAACAGUAUACACGACCGGAAGAAGGUCUCUACUUCAGUGGGCAUGCAUCUUCGUGGAGCUACAAUGUAACCGCAAGUCAGCCAGUAUCAACAACAUCUUUGACCGGUGGAGGAGGCAGCAGCGGUGGUGGUGGCGGUGGUAUUCCCACGGAUAUUCGAUGUGUUCAAGCUGAUACUACCUGGCCUCCAGUAAAUUCGGGAUCAUAUCCCACAUCCUCAUUCCCCGUGGAAACAGAACGAUCAAUCCUGUGA